CACUCUCACACCUUUGAACGUUCUCUCGCUCUCCCUACUCAUUCGAAACUCCCUUCGAAGCCUCGAGAAGUGCCGGACAAAGGGUCUGAGCUGUUCAGCCGGCCUCUGCGUGCGUGCGUGCGUGCGUACUGAGACUCCUGCCAUUCUUUGUUCACUUGCUUCUCACAGUCCCAAACCCGUCACCCACCCCCCAGGCUCAUCGACUCCACCACAUCAGAUUCCCUCAGGAUUCCCUCAGGCUUCCCUUGGGCUAGACAUCUCUGUACCACCCUCUCUCGCUUUUGAGACUAUUCCUCCCCUAUCAUCCCCGUCAUGCAUCAAACAGAUCGUCGUCAUCCCAGGUGACACUCGUUCUCUCUUCCAGCUGCGCUACACCACUCGACUCGACCGACGGCCAUCACAUACCCUGGUUGCAUGGCAUAAUCCGACAUGCGCCAACCUCGCACUACCAACAGGACUCACGUCUUGGGGGUUUUACUCUUUGUCGUCUUUAUUUAUUUCCUUUACAGCAUCAAUACGGUUCCAGUAACAGGGUCUCCUGAUCUCUUGCAAAGGACGGCUGAUGCGGCCGCCGACAAUCCCCUGUCUCCUCCUACCUCGGCUUUCCGCAAGCAGUCCAACUCACCAGGCUCCAAAGGUGUCCGGAGACCACCUCCUGUUGUCCAUUAUGAUCUCAACAAUCUCACAUCAUCGCCCAAUCCCCUUGCACGCAACGAAAAAGUUCUGAUUUUGACUCCUUUGGCACGCUUCUAUCCAGAGUACUGGUCCAACCUUCUUACCCUAACGUACCCUCACGAGCAUAUCAGUCUCGGAUUCAUCACCCCCAAGACAAAAGAAGGAGAUGUGGCCACAGCGGCUUUACAAGAAGCCAUUGGCAUCACACAGUCCGGCCCCAUCGAGCACCGCUUCCAGUCCAUCACAAUUCUUCGACAGGAUUUCGACCCUCCCUUGAAAUCCCAGGACGAAAAAGAACGUCACAAACUUGAACAUCAAAAGGGACGUCGAGCCGCCAUGGCUCUUGCACGAAACAGUCUCCUCUUCACCACCAUCGGUCCUCACACUUCAUGGGUUCUGUGGCUCGACGGGGACGUGGUGGAGACACGACCGACAUUGAUCCAGGACCUGACCCGCCACGACAAACCCAUCAUUGUUCCCAACUGUAUGCAACGCUUCAUCAACGAUCAAGGCGAGUCAGAGGUGAGACCAUACGACUUUAACUCGUGGCGAGACAGCAGUGUUGCACAAAACCUGGCAGCGUCAUUGGGACCCGAAGAUAUCAUCCUCGAGGGGUACGCCGAGAUGCCUACGUAUAGGUUACUCAUGGCAAAGGUUGCCAAGUUCCCGGGUGAACCAGAACAUGACGAAAGGAGAAUCAUGCCGUUGGAUGGGGUCGGUGGCACCGCCCUAAUGGUCAAGGCGGAUGUGCACCGAGAUGGAGCCAUGUUUCCUCCUUUUCCCUUCUAUCAUCUCAUCGAAACCGAGGGCUUUGCCAAAAUGGCCCGGCGCUUGAAUUAUGAAGCCUUUGGUCUACCGGAUUAUUUUGUGUACCAUUACAAUGAAUAAAACCCACUGUCCCAACAUCCAAGACAUGGAAACAUGCAAUGUAAUACGAAAAGUCUAAGACACAAUAACGGGGUAUGAUAAGUCAUGAAUAUUGUCGCAUGACUGCUGGGCAGUGAGCAAGAUGUCUAACAUCAUGACUGGGCACCACAUGGAGGUUCAAUUCAUUAGAUCGGCGUCAAGGGAAGUGGGAAGAUGUAACACAAUUGAGGACAAUGAAAUGCGAUGUGAACCAGUUCGGAAUAUUUGCUUGUCGUGUAACCAUGCUGCUUUUAGUUCAU